AUGCCCGCAGCCCAACUCGCCGUCGACGACGCCGUUCUCGUCAACGAUGUCCCCAUGCAAGGCAAGGGCUCGUACCGCUCACACGCGGCGCUCCAGCACGAGGCCAUGCUCAAGACGCUGCCGCUUCUCCAGAGGGCCGCCCGCGAAGCUGCUGCCAGCGGUGACGGGCUCCCGUCUGGCAGCGACCAGCAAUUCACCAUUGUCGAAUACGGCUCGGCCCAUGGCAACAAUUCAAUCGAGCCCCUGGAGGCCAUGCUUCCCCUGACGCAGUCCGAUCAGGUUCAGCUUCUACUAAGCGACAGACCGGAAAACGACUUCAACACACUGUCCGCCACCGUCUCCGCCUGGGCCGACGCCCUAGAUCCGGCCCGGUUUCCGUCCUCGGUCUUCCUUGGCUUGAUUCCACGAAGCUUCUACCGCCCCCUCGUCCCGCCCCGGUCCGUCAACCUCGGCUUCUCUCUCUGCUGCCUCCACCAUCUCGAUCGACUGCCCGCUGCAGCCCAUGACGACGAAAUGAAGCGGCUGUGCCGGGCCCAAGCCCACGACGAUCUCUGUCUCUUCCUGCGCCUCCGCGCCUCUGAAGUGGUGAGAGGAGGCUCGCUUGUUCUCACCUUCGUCGGCCGCGACGCCUCGGGUCGCGACAACUACGCCGGUCCCGUUGACGCUUGCCGCAAGGCCAUGGUGCAGAUGAUCGAAGACGGUGUUAUCCCGGCAUCCGUCGCCGCCGCCUUUCGCAUUCCAACCUACGACAGAUCCCUCGACGACGUUUGGGGGUGCCUAGAUGAGCUGCGCGGUGUCUGGGAGGCGCGUGAAGUCCAGGCCGAUGCGGUGCUGCACCCGGCCAUUAAGGACCUGGCGCGCCAUACGCGCCAUGGUGAGGACAAUGCGGCCAGUCAGCAGUACUCUGACGUCGUCAUCGACUGGCUUAUGGCCGUCUGCUCGGGCUACUUUCUCAAAGCCGUCCGUGUCGGCGGUGCGGAUGAUGCCUACACCGAGGCAGGGGCGAGUCAACUCCUGAGCGAAUGGGCGCGGAGAACCAAGAGGAUUUUUCUCAAGGAUCACCGAGAUGAGCCGGUCUUUUGUUCUUUUAUCCGGAUGCUACUGCACCGCCUCUAG